UAUAUAACAAAUAAUUUGAGCAUGGUAAAUUAUGGAGAUGUAAAUGAAGUGAACGAUCAAAAUACCCCUCCCGAGUCAGACAAUGGUACCAGGGAACCAAACCAAAAUGACAUCAAUCUAAAUCAAGAUGAGAUUCUAAGUCAUUUUCAGGAAGUAACAGGUAAAACUGAAGUAGAAGAAUGUUUGAGACUCCUGGAUGAGUCAAAUUGGAACCUUGAACAAGCAGUGCAACUCUCCUUCAAUCCCCUACCUCCAACACCUCCCAUGGAGACAAUGCCCUCCAACAGUAACGAAGAAGUACCCUCUUCAAGCAGCCAGCCCCAGACCUCCAGACUUUCAGAACAUCUUACAUCCAGCAACUUUGAUAAUGAAGUGCGGCAACGCCUUAUCACCAGUUUCAAUAACCCAGCAUUGAAUCCUGAAAAUGCAAACUUUAUCGGUCCACGACUGAGCAGUUUGCAGGGACCAGUCAUUAACAGACAGAACAGAUCAGUUGUUCAAACUUUAUUCGGAAGUUUUUGGAACAUAAUUCUCUGGCCCAUGACAGUAGCCUAUAAAAUUGUACAGACAAUCUUCCACUUUGCUUUAUCACUUUUCUUUAGCCCAGGACCACCAACCCAGCGUCAAGCUGGUCAGGAGGUAGAGAGGUUUAUCACCGAGUUUGAUAACAAACACGGUGUCCUCCACCCCAGGCUGUACCACGGCACAUACCGUGAGGCUGUGAGCCAUGCCAAGCGGCACUUGCGCUUCCUCUUUGUGUAUCUGCACAACGAGGACAACCCCACCUCAGUGCAAUUUGCUAACAAUGUCAUCUGCACCAAUCUCCUGAAGAGUGUGGUAGAGGACAACCUACUGUACUGGAGUUGCUCUGUCAAGAAGAGGGAAGGAGCGUGUGUUGCUGAAAGUCUGAACAAUGCAAAAGCUCCCUUUAUCGCCCUGCUCUGCUACAAAGAAGGACAGAUGAGAAUGGUCUACAAACACCAGGGCGCUGCCACUGUAGAGCAAAUUAUCUCGCGAUUAACCACUUCCAUCGUAGAAAAUGAGCCCCAUCUGAACAGACAACGCAGAAGUAGAAACCAUGAACGUGUGAGCGAAAGCACGUCUUCUCAGCUGAUUAUGCAAGAGCAAGAUGUAGCGUAUCAGGAGUCUUUGUUAAGAGAUCAGGAGCGUACCAGAAAGAAGGAGGAAGAGGAGAGGGCAAUAAGGAGGAUACAGGAGGAGCAGGAGCGACAGGAGAGGGAGAAGCAGGAGAAAAUAGAAGCACGAUUAGCACUCCGUCUGAAGCUGCAAGAGAACCUUCUAGAACAAACCAAAGAAGAUACUUUGUCCUUGCUUUUCCGACUUCCUAACGGUUCCAGAGUCUCUAGAAAGUUCUCUCCAGUUGCCACAAUUAAAGAUAUCUACGAGUUUGCCCUAACAUGUGAUGAUUCCCCCAUUUUCUUCACGCUUGUCAGUAAUUUCCCCAAACGAGUGCUACCUGUGGAGGGCGAUGCACACCACAAGACUUGUGAGGAGAUGGGAAUACAGAGUGCUACAACCCUGUUCGUCCAGGAGAUAAUCAGUGAUGACGAGGAAUCCAGUGCCAGUGAGGCUGAGAUGUGAGAGAAGUGGAGAAGUGGUAUUUGAAAUACAUGUGAUGAGCUAAACUGCAAAAUGAAUUACAUGUGUUUCUUAUGAGACUUUUUGAGCACUGCUUGAAUCAGCAGAACUGUUAAGAAUUUGUUGCUAUUAUUGGUUUUUCUAGACGUUAUGAUAAAAUGUUCACUGUUCCGUUUGUCAGAAUAUUUUGUCUUUGUCAACUAAGUUUUAGUUUUGUACCCUGAAUUGUGACCGAAUUGUUUGCACUUCAUCAGUUUUAAAAACGUAACUAUUCAAGUGUGUGAUUAUGUAAACUAUUUGUGCCUGGGUUUUUUUGAAUUAUUAUCUCUUUACAUAACAUUUUAGCUGAACAAAAUGUAAAUUAAGUACGAACUUCGGGCGUCGUCAAGUUACUAUUUUAACUGAACUGAGAUUUUAUGACCACGAACAAGUACAAGAUAUCUGAUAUUAUCAUGUGUAUAAUAAUUAUUAUUUAAGUCAGGUAACUUUAUCACAACUUUAUUUUCGAGUUUGAUAUAAUGAAAGAAUACGUCAUCGUGUGUUUAGUACUUGCAAACCAAGUUUCAAUAAUAUGUAAAUUGAAUUAUAUCGGUUGUAAAUUGUAAUUCUAUAUUUACCGAAGCAUA